AUGGACUCGACGCUCUGCACCGAAAAGGGCAAUCCCCGAAGCCAGGACACUGUAAAAGAAAAGAGCGACGGCCAAGUUGAACCAUGUCAUUCAAGCACACCUGCGUCCAACUGUGACAGCCCAACAUCCACAUUGGCGGCCGAGCAAGACUGUGACGACGAAAGCGAUGCGGCAUCUAUUGGCGGUCAAAGGAACACCAUGACGUCUACUCAGCUCAGAAUCGCAAUCCCAGCGCUUUCCGUCUGCUUAUUUGUGUCCUUCAUCGACCAGACCAGUGUUUCAACGGCAACGCCGGCAAUCGCUAUUGAUCUGCACACUGGAACUGCGACCUCGUGGAUCGGCACCUCGUUCCUGAUAGCUUCCACAGCGUUCCAACUCAUCAACGGCCGACUAUCAGAUAUUUUUGGCCGGAAAAAUCUACUUCUCAUCAGUCUGACCCUCAUGGCUCUGGGUGAUCUUGGCUGUGGGUUUGCGCAAACUUCGGUUCAGCUAUUUGUGCUCCGUGCGAUUGCGGGCAUUGGCGGCGGCGGUAUCAAUAGUCUGGUCAUGAUCAUCGUAAGUGAUAUUACUACAUUGCAGAAUCGCGGCAAGUAUCAAGGCUGGCUGGGAGCAGUCAUUGCCUUGGGCAAUGGCGUUGGCCCCUUUCUCGGAGGUGCUGUGGUCGAAGGAGCUACAUGGCGAUGGGUCUUCUGGAUGGUACCCAUGUUGGCCAUUCCAACGUCCAUGAUUAUUCUGUUCUUCUUGCCCUUGAAGCACCGAUCUGGCGACUACCUCGAGAAAGUAAGAAAAAUCGACUAUGGCGGCAUGGGGCUAAACAUUGCGUCGACGCUCCUCCUACUCAUACCCCUGUCCGGAGGCGGUGUUACGUAUGCCUGGGCUUCCCCUUUCUUCAUUGCCUGCACUGUUACGGGUGCUGUGUUGGCUGCGCUAUUUGUGCUCUACGAAUGGAAGUUUGUGGCUCUCCCCAUCAUGCCACUUCGACUGUAUCGCGCGCCUCAUGGCUGGGCACUCUACUUGCAAACAUUCCUCAUUGGGCUGGCGUAUUUUGGUAAUUUCUUUUACCUCCCAAUUUACUUUCAAUCCGUCCUGCGAUACUCGCCUCUGGUCUCUGGCGCCUUGAUCCUACCCGUGGUCAUCACUUCUUCGUUUGCUUCGAUCGCGUCUGGCCAGUACAUGAAUCGAGUCGGCAGCUACAUGCAUUGCAUUCUUGUGGGCUUUGCCCUCUGGACGCUUGGAAACGGCCUUACCCUCGUUUUCGACCGGAAUACCCAUCUGGCGGUACUCAUUGUUGUCUUGAUUGUGGAAGGCAUUGGCAUUGGCCUGACGCUUCAACCCACGCUUGUGGGCCUGUAUGCAAACGGUCGUAGUGAAGAUCGCGCCGUGACAACCGGGUUGCGCAACUUUAUUCGCACCAUUGGCGGAGCGUUUGGUCUCGUCAUCUCUGGUGUCAUUCUGUCUAAUACACUCAGUCGGGACUUGUCACGGCAGCGCUUCGUGUCCGAGAGCUUGAUGAGCCAAUUGACUUCCUCGACAUACGAUCUCGAUCAGUUUGGUCUCUCGCAAGACCAGCAGGACGAGGUUUUCAACGUAUACAUGCGUGGUCUGCAUUACAUAUUCAUCUUCUUCACAUCCUGUUCGGGCAUGGGCCUACUUUUAACAUUUUGGGUUGGAAACACGAGCUUAAAAGCGCCAAAGAAGGUGGAUGAAGAAGCAGUGGCUGUAAAUGCAGAUGGAAAUGAGCCCGAGUCACAAAGCAUACAAGGCCAAGAGGUGGAGACCAAGGUAAACACUUUUGACGAGGAUGCAAAAUUAAAGGAGGGCACCAAGAGCCAGAGCGGGUCAUUGUAG